CUCGUAUCUAAUUGGCUUCGCAAACCACCAAUGAACAUGAAGAAAAUGAGAAGAAGCUCUGAUUGGCUGCCGCAGGGCCUCAAGUCUGCCGGAAACAAAGAACAAGAAGAAUCUAAUUGGCGGCGGGACAAGUAGCUCAAGACUUAAUGGCGGAGCCUUGUGUUGCUGGAAGUGUAAUAAUGUGUUUUGUUGCAUCAAUCGUGGAAUAAAUUCGACUCGUUUAUUUUGUGUGGUCAUUCCAGACUCUAAAAUGGCGACGUUAGUUCUGGACAACGGAGCCUAUACGGCGAAAAUAGGGUACAGUCAGGAGAAAGUCAGUGUCAUCCCAAACUGCCAGUUUCGCUCCAAGACGUCCAGAUUAAAAACCUUCACAGCCAAUCAGCUCGAUGAGAUCAAAGAUCCGUCUGGUCUCUUUUACAUCCUCCCCUUCCAGAAGGGUUAUUUGGUCAACUGGGACGUCCAGAGGAAAGUGUGGGACCAUCUGUUCGGGAAGGAGAUGUUUAAGGUGGAGUUUGCAGACACCAGCAUCAUCAUCACCGAGCCGUACUUCAACUUCUCCUCCAUUCAGGAGUCGAUGAAUGAGAUCCUGUUUGAGGAGUACCAGUUCCAGUCGGCGCUCAGAAUAAACGCCGGCUCUCUCAGCGCUCAUCACUUCUUCCACACUAAACCCUCGGAGCUCUGCUGUUUGGUGGUGGACAGUGGAUUCUCCUUCACCCAUAUCGCCCCCUACUGUCGCAGCAGGAAAAUGAAGGAGGGCAUCCGCAGGAUCAACGUAGGAGGGAAGCUACUGACCAAUCACCUGAAGGAGAUCAUUUCAUAUCGCCAGUUACACGUCAUGGAUGAGACUCACGUCAUCAACCAGGUGAAAGAAGAUGUGUGUUACGUCUCGCAGCAGUUUUACAAGGACAUGGAGAUCGCACAGAUGAAGGGGGAGGAGAACUCUGUGAUGAAGGAUUACGUUCUUCCAGAUUUUAGCUCCAUCAAAAAAGGUUUCUGCAAGCCGCGAGAGGAGAUGGUCUUCAGCGGAAAGUACAAGACGGGAGAGCAGAUCUUGAGGCUGGCCAACGAGCGCUUUGCCGUUCCUGAGAUGCUCUUCCACCCGGCGGACAUCGGCAUCCAGGAGAUGGGCAUCCCGGAGGCCAUCGUGGACUCCAUCCAGUCCCUGCCAGAAGACAUGCAGCCUCACUUCUACCAGAACAUCGUCCUGACCGGAGGGAACACUUUGUUUCCAGGCGUCAGAGAACGGCUGGAGGCAGAGCUGCGAUCGCUCGUCCCCGCUCACCUCCCCGUGUCCGUCCUGCUGCCUGCAAAUCCCAUCUGUUAUUCGUGGGAAGGCGGGAAGCUGCUGGCCCACAGUCCGGACUACGACGAGAUUGUGGUGACACGGGAGGACUACGAAGAGAACGGACAUUGUAUUUGUGAAGAAAAGUUCGAUAUUUGACUGAACUGAAACUCGUAGCCGACGAUUCUUCUGUUAUCGUGAACAACGAAAACGUCUGCGCCAUAGAGAUCGUUGUCAUGGAAACCGUAACUCAGUUCUGGUUGACGUAAAGGAUACACAGGAAGUAAAAUGAGAACUGAAAUAGUUUUUUUUCUGCAGCAGCUAUGCUUGAUGUCAGUGUGUUAUAUUUUUCUACAUGUGUGUCUGUGCUGAUUGGUUGUCUGUUACCUGUCCAGAGGUGUUGGAGCCAGCAGCCAAUGAGGCCUGAAGCACUUCCUUUAUUGCAGUCAGUAACUUCUGAAAUGAUUCGCCAGCAAUUCACGAGUAUGACUCAAGAAGUGUUAAAAAUAUUCCAACUGCCAAAUAACAUUCAAAUAAGA